AAAACAUGAGCAUUAUAAAACCUAAUUUCCAGAACUGCCCCUACCGAAACACUUCCAAUAAACCUUCGUUUCUUGCUGCCGCGAGCAGCGUCAUCAUACAGAAACACUUCAUGUUCAUAGAUUUCGAUCUAAAUUUCCAUCGUACAAAAGGAACAUUUAUUACCUUAUAUAUUUUGUUCCAGUUUGAAAAUGUUGUUGAAUUAAGCGUGGUCAAUGUACAAAACCCCUCACUCAUGAAACAACAAAAACCAAACUCAAAGCUCACGAAGACUAUGAAGACUAAACUGUGACAACAAGAACCCAAAACAAAACAACAUAAGCAUUUUCACAAACACUUGGUACACAUAACAAAGGAUGCUACCAUUGAAACAUGUAGUAACCAAACACAAACCCAAAUUCAAAUUCAAAUUCAAUUUUCUCUUUUCUUCAUCAUCAUCAUCAUCAUCAUCAACAUCAUCACCAUCAUCAUCACCAUCAUGUACAUCAAUUUAUUCACCAACAACUUCAUUCUCCAUAACCGAAAACGAAAACGACGUCGCUUCAUCUUUCAAAACAUGGUUUCAAACCCGCCACCGUUACGACGACCCUCUCCUCCUUCGGAUCUACCAAAUUCUCAGUUCUGGCGAUGAUUUCUCAUCUUCUCUUUCCUCCCUUUCACUUCCUCUCUCUGAACCCUUCGUCAUCCGUGUCCUCCGUCACGGCGGCGACAACAAUGAUAUACUCUCCUGCCUCAAAUUCUUUGAUUGGGCUGGUCGUCAACCUUGUUUCAACCACACACGCGCUACUUUUAUUGCGAUUUUUCGUAUUCUUACCCGUGGUAAUCUAAUGCCAUUGGUUCUUGAUUUCCUUCAAUUGUUCAGGAAGCGUGGUUUUCAGCAUAGGGUUCGUUUUAAUGAUACCCUUGUUGUUGGUUAUGCAAUUGCUGGUAAACCUGAUGUUGCACUCCAUGUGUUUGGUAAAAUGCGUUUUCAAGGUCUUGACUUGGAUGGUUUUGGUUAUCAUAUUUUACUCAAUGCUCUAGCUGAGGAUAAUUAUUUUAAUGCUUUUAAUACUAUUCUCAAUCAGAUUCGUAUUAGGGGUUAUGCAACGAGUGUUACCGAUUCAAUUGUUGUUAAGUGUAUGUGUAAGCAGGGUAGAUUGGAUGAGGCUGAAGAUUAUCUUAAUGGCUUGUUGGGUAGUGGGAAAGAACUGCAUGGUUCUGAGGUGAGUUUACUUGUUAGUUCGUUGUGUGAUAGGAAUAGGUUUGAUCAUGCUGUUGAGGUGGUUAAGGAGUUUGGGAAAUCGGGGUUGGUUCCUAUGGAACAUGCUUAUGGUGCUUGUGUAAAGGGUCUUGUGAAGGGUGGUAGGUUGGAUGAGGCUUUGGAGUUUUUUAGACAGAAGAGAGAUUCUGGAGGGUAUGUUCCUGGUUUACUUAGGUAUAACAUGUUGAUUUGUAGGCUUUUGAGGGAGAGUCGGCUUCGUGAGGUUUUUGAUUUGUUGGUGGAUAUGAAUGAGUCUUGUAUGACACCUGAUAUGGUUACUAUGAAUUCUGUCUUGUGCUUCUUUUGCAAAGCUGGGAUGGUGGAUGUCGCGCUCCAGUUGUACAAAUCCAGGUCUCAGUUUGGAUUGAAUCCAAAUCAAAUGGCUUAUAAGUAUUUGAUACUUACUCUGUGUUGGGAUGAAAGUGUUAAGGAGGCGUGCGGGGUUCUCAAAAGUUCUAUCAGUAAUGGUUUUUUUCCCGAUAGACAAACCUUUUCCACGCUUGCCAAUGCUUUGUGUAGAGAGCGCAAAGUUGAUGAGAUGAAGGAGCUGAUCCAUUUUGCCUUGAAGCAUGAUUUUACGCCUAGCGCUGUCACGUAUGACAACUUUAUAUCGGCUUUGUGCCGAGCUGGAAGAGUAGAAGAUGGUUAUUUGAUUCACGGGGAGCUUAAUAAUGCAACUGCUAGACUGUCUUACUCUAAGAUGAUUAAUUCUUUUAUUAAGAAAAAGAAGGGAGACAUUGCUGCUCGCCUUCUGGUUGAAAUGAAAGAGAAGAAUCUUCAACUGACGCGAACCUUGUGCAGAGCUGUUAUUUUCAGUUUACUUGAUAUGGAUAAUCCAAUAACACGUGUUUUCAAUUUAUUGGACAUGCUGACUCAUGGUAAACCCGAUACUCAGAUUUUCAACUUUUUCAUCGACGGAGCUGGGCAUGCCCGUAAGACAGAUUUGGCCAGGAAAAUAUAUGAGUUGAUGCUACUGAAUAACAUUGUGCCCACCAUUGUUUCUCAAGCUCUGUUGUUGAAUAGUUAUUUGGGAAGUGAAAGGAUUUCCGAGGCUUUAAAUUUCUUUUAUAGUCUCCGGGACCAGGGUGUGGUAAGUAAAAGAUUAUAUAGUUCUAUGAUUAAUGGUCUCUGCAAGCACAAUAAGGCUGACAUUGCAUGUGAUAAGUCUGACAUUGCACAUGAUAAGGCUGACAUUGCACGUCGUAUCUUGGUUGACAUGUUAAACGCUGGAUUAAAUCCAGGCAUUGAAUGCUAUGAGAAUCUUGUGCAGAAGCUUUGCUCAUUGAAAAGAUAUCCUGAAGCUAUAAAUCUUGUUCAAGUGUAUAUGAAAAUGGGACGUAGAUUAACUUCUUUUCUUGGCAACAUACUUCUUUUUCAUUCUUUGAUAACGCCAAAUGUCUAUCAUACAUGUGUUAAAAUGAGAGGAGAAAAAGAGGGAGAAAGUUCUCCGUUUUCUACACUGACCGUUGUUAUUGGUGUAUUUUCUGAUUGUCUCAAAGUAAAUCAUUCUAUCGAGGAAUUAGUAGCGUUGUGCUUUCCACUUGACAUUUACACCUACAAUCUGCUGCUGAGAAGAACAACCAGUUAUGAUAUGAACCAAGCUUGUGAGUUGUUUAAUAGGAUACGUCAAAGGGGUUAUGAACCUAAUGGUUGGACUUAUGAUAUCAUGGUACAUGGAUUCUCAAAACAUGGGAGAAAUUAUGAGACUAAGCAGUGGCUCGAAGAAAUGCACCAUGAAGGAUUUUAUCCAACAGAGACUACUGGAAGAAAUGUACGAAAAAUUUUAUUCAACGGAGAAUACUAACAUAUUCAUUUAACCAGAAUCAGUUGUUGUGUUAAAGAUUCAGAAGGGUUCAUACAAUUUUGGCUAGAUUGCAUAGUUGCAAGGGAGAAUCAUCAAAGUGUAAUCUACACCCCGAUUGUUGGUACAUUUAAUCUUUAGAGCUUUUGUCAUCUGUUCUGGUCUGUGUUUCUUAAGAGGUAAUAUAAAUCAUAUUUCGCAGUUAUUAUGUUUUCUAUAUAACAUUCUAGACAGUUGUUGAUUUUCAAGGGCAUCCAAUGAUUGUAGUAUUGCAGGCUCAAAUAACAGAUAUUUGCCGGAUUUAUUAUAACUACUGUCUUUUAAGUAGUUUUCUUGUGGCAUCAGUGGUAUCAUAACUAAGUUAUGCACAUCUGAUCUGUGCAUUAAUUUUUGUACCAUCUCUGUUUUCUUGUGGAAUGCUUGAACCUUUGAAAGCUGCGUAUAUUGAAAGGACCUUCUUAAAGGUGGUAAUUUGUUGCCAAGAAGUGCUUACAUGUAUUAAUGGGGCAGCUCCAACUAUGAAUUAAUCUAUAUAUGGCAGAAGACAAAGAUAGUACUUCAUGCAUGAUCUUGAAGAGAAUAUCAUUGCUGCUUUGUAGUGGUUAUUUCCACUAUAUUGAUUUUUUUUGGGAGUAAAUCGGAUAUUCUUUGUGCACAACUGCAAAGACUAAUCUCUCGAGUCUUGUGGACUCAAAUGAGUGGCAAACUCUUGCUAAGAGUUUUAACACUGUUGCAUUCCAAUCCAAGGAUCGAACCCAGAAACUUGAUUACGUUAGAAGAGACUUGCGCCAUCUCAUCAAGGAACCUCAUCAAGUGUUCCUGGAUACUAUCUUCAUUGAUUUAAUACAUGUUAAUGCAUCAUGGUUAUCUUCUAGCGACUAGACAAUGAAAAAUAGUUUUCCACAUAUGUCUUAUCAGAUAUUAUUAAUUAGAUAUUUAUGUAGUUAUUUUAGAGAUUCAGAUUAUGAUAUUUUUAAAUUAUUAUGACAUCUGAUUGAAUGUUUGUGCAAAGUCAUUUUAC